AACCAACUACUGAGGAGGUGCAGUACAAUCCUUGUCCUCGUCCAACUGCUCUGGACACUCCAGCAGGAUGUGGUCUGUUGAUGGUAACAUAUACUACUUGGGGGAGAGUCACGUCAUUCUGUUUGUCAUUGCAAUCAUAGUGGGACUAAUAACUCUGCCAUAUACUCUUGUGCUGCUCUUCAUCCAGUGUCUAAGGAGGAGGUCCAACAUGAAAGUUUUGUUCUGGGUGAAUAAACUGAAACCGUUCUUUGAUGCCUACACAGGCCCAUACAAGGACAACUACCACUUUUGGACUGGAUUCCUUCUGGUUGUACGAAUAGGCCUCUUCAUGAUCAUUGCAGUGGACACCCACAACAGUCAGUUACGGAACAUUACUCUUAUUAUUGCAACUACAUCAGUUUUGUUUGUAAUCACUCGACCGGGAAUUUACAAGAACUGGACAUUGAAUGUAAUUGAAGUGUUCAUAUACGCCAACCUAACAGUUUUAGCUGUCGGUACAGCAUAUACUGCCGGGUUAAACCACAGCAACAACACCAUUAUAGUUGUUUGUGUUGGAUCAGUGUUUCUCCUGUUCUGUGGAAUUGUGGUGUACCACAUUCUCAAGAAGCUGUCGGUGACUCGAAGGUGGGGGUUGAUGAAAGUGUGGUUGUUGGACAGGAGGUGGCCGUGGAUGAAAAAGAAGCAGAUAAGAUCUCUCAUCCUACCAUAUGUCGAUCCUGACAAUGAUGAAGACCUGAGCAGCAGUGACAGUGAACUGGAUCCAAUAUUG